CCCAACCGCCACCAUGUCGCAAAUCAACUACCGCACCAUCAACAUUGACGCCUUGGACCCCGAGUCCUCGGCCAACUUCCCCAUGGAAUCCCUCCUCCCCGCCACACUCCCCCAAGCCGCAAGCGCCAGUGAUGCCGCCAAUGCUGCGACACAGGUGCGCCAGAUGCUGCGCGGCGGUGACCCAGAGGGUGCUCUGCGGACUGUCCUCGACACGGCGCCGCUGGGCGGCGACGACCGCGCCAAGGAGGUGCAUCUUGCUACCGUCAUCGAUGUGCUGCAGGGUAUCCGCCAGGGCGAGAUGACCCGCAUUCUGGAGGGCGUGUGCAGCGGGGAUGGCGGGGCUGAGCGGGCCGAUUGCUUGAUGAAGUACCUGUACAAGGGAAUGUCCUCGGCUGCUCCUGGUAGCGGUGCCCAGUCGCCGAAGAAGUCGGUUUCGCCUCAGGAUACAGGCUUCUCCCAGAUCCAGGCUCGCAACUUGGGUGAAGGUGGUGGUGGUCAGCAGAUGAGCGUUUUGCUGAGCUGGCACGAGAGACUUGUGGAGAUUGCUGGUACUGGUUCGAUUGUGCGGGUCAUGACUGAUCGUAGGACGGUUUGAGCGGAGAAAACAGCAUCGGAUGGAGGUUCGUUUCUUAUGAUUUACAUUCUGACUGUUUUUUUUUUGUUCUC